AUGUUCAACCUCAAUCUGUCGGCUUCAUUAAACGUGGUGAGGAUCCUCUUCAAGCCCGGACUCUGUUUGCCUCACCACACCAUCUCCAACUUUGCCGACCUUCCGAUCCCGCUGGACAAGGCUCUUCACAGCAAUGGCCAUGGAUCUGCCCAGGUGAGAGCUGUGGUGCUGGACAAGGAUGACUGCUUUGCCUAUCCUGAUACGAAUGAGGCAGAGAAGCUAGAGGCGGGCACUGGUCUCGUCGUGCUCCCUCACUCUGUCAAGAAACCGGGGUGCGGAGACGAGAUCAUGGACUACUUCAGGAAGCAUCCCGAGACGGGCGUCACGCACCCUUCGCAGAUUGCCGUGGUGGGCGAUAGACUGAUGACGGAUAUGAUGCUCGCCAACAUGAUGGGAGGAUGGGGGUUCUGGGUCAGGGAUGCGGUGGCCCCUCCUGAAAAGAAGAGUGUCUCCGUUUGA